AUGGCUGAGGAAAAUAUAAUGACAAUACAUGGAAGCAACUAUUUUAGUAAUGGGGAUCAAGAUAAUCAAAAUAAUAAUCCCACACAAAUGGAGGAUCAACAACAGAUAGGUCAAGUUCACUCACUCUUGCGCCUUAUGAAGAUCUCUAAUGAAUUUGUCGCGAUAAAAGAUUCGAUGGAGAUGUCUCCUCUGCCCGGAAAUAACGUUGAGUUUCAACACGAUUAUAAUAUUGAAUUAAGGCCACAGGUUGGAGAAUUUAGCCAAAAAAUGAAAGCAACUGAUCUUCUAAUGUGUCUCUCUUUGUCCGCGGACACCAGCAAGCACAAAGUCGAGGAGCUGGCGGAGAAGGCAAUGGAUGAAGUAACGAAAAUGUUCGUAGGAGGAGAUCCCUUAUGGCAACAUGAUUUGGAUAAAGGAAUGGAGGUCCUUAACAUGGUUGAGUAUAAAAGGAAAUUUAACUCUAACUUAGACACCACAUUGGAUGAGAUUAUUAAAAUCAUCGCGGUAGAUGCUCCCUUAGACCUCCCUAACUUUGAUGAAAUUAUCGUUACUAGUAAUAAUAACAAUAACAAGCCAUCAAAGGAAGAAGACGUUGUCAUGCAAGAACAGAUCAAGUCCUUGAACAAUGUUCAUCAUGGUUCGCGAGAAGUUAACUAUGUACACAUGCCUGCAAUAAGUAUCGUUGAAAUCUUAAUGGAUGUGAGACUUUGGUCAUUUGUGUUUUCUGAAAUGCUCUCAAGGACUACAGUCCUAGGAGUUUUAACACCCGGAACACCAGAAACCUUUGAUGGAGCCAUGCAAAUGAUGUCGGCUGAGUACCAUGCUCCCUCUCCUCUUCUUGCAACAAGGCAGAGUUGCUUUGCAAGAUACUGCAAAGAGUUGUCCUCCAACACUUGGGCAAUCGUCGACAUUUCGUUAGGAAGUUUGAUGGAAAAUCCACUUAUGAACUGCAAAAGAAGACCUUCUGGCUGCUUAAUUCAAGGCUUACCUGAUGGAAACACUCAGGUGACUUGGAUUGAGCAUACAGAAGCCGAAAUUGCAUCAAUUCACCCAUUAUUCAAGUCACUAGUCAGCUCAGGAAUUGUUUUUAGUGCAAAGCAAUGGGUUGAUACAUUAUCGCAACAAUGUCAGCACCUUGACAUGUUAAUACAAUAUAGUCUUAAUACUCUAAUUAAAGAGGUUAGUCCAUUUCGCGUGGAGAGAUUACUGAGGCUAGCAGAGAGGAUGAGAAGAGAAUUUUAUGGUGCUACUAGUGCUACCGAAGGAAAUGGUUACAAGCCUAUAUCGAUUAAAGGGGGAGACGACGUUUUAAUCAAAACGUUAGAUAGUGAUGAUCAAAGCCCUGGCUUAUUGACUGUGACUACAUCCUCCUGGUUUCCCUUCUCUGCUAAGAAAGUUUUUAGCUUCUUGGGCAAUGAAAAAAACCGAACCAAGUGGGAUGCGCUUGCACUCAAACGUGCUUCCGAGGAAGUUUUCCAUGUCCACAGUGGUCAAGGUCCAGAAGACAUUGUUUCUAUUACCAAAAUGGUGGAUGGUAAAGGGAGAAUUGACACCUUUUUUCUACAAGAAAAACAUGAAAGCGCGGUAGCCUCAUACGUACUCUUCUCACCCAUGACUAAUGACUCCCUCACUACACUAUCUAACCAUGGAAACAUCGAUGAAAUUCCUCUUUUGCCUUCUGGAUUCGCGAUACUUUCUAACAAGGAUUCUAGUCAAGAAGAGGAGGAUGCAGGAAGCAUAGUGACUCUUUCGUUUCAGCUUUUAGAUAAAUCAUCAAGGGCACAAAAUGUUCCUAAAAGAUCCAUACGUAAGUUGUAUAAUCUUGUAAAUGGCGCACUUUCUUCGAUCAGGGCUGCAUUAUUUGAGGCCCCUGCAAGUGCAAAUCAUGCUGGUGUAGAAGGAUCCUUGUGGUUAAUUUAA